UACCGCGCCCGGGGCCGCCGCGCCAACGCCAAGUUUGCGCCUCGGGAGUUUGCGCGCGUCGCGGCCCCCGGCCUGGUCGCUCGGUCCACGCGAGGGAGGCGGCCGCGCGUGCCUGGGGCAGCCGCCUGCGAGCACCCGGGCUGGAGGACGGCGAGCGGGCUGGCGCGGUCUGGGGCCGGGGCAGCCGCCUCCCGAAGAUGCAGGAUGGCAGCAGAGCCUCCGUCCAGCCUCUCCUACCGCACCACGGGCUCCACCUGCCUGCACCCGCUCAGCGAGUUCCUGGGCAUCCCGCUGGACCAGAUAUUGUUUGCUGAACCACCCUUCUACCUGGCUCCCUCCAAGGAUCUGAUGAAGAGCUCCACCUCGCCCGGCCAGUUGCCUGCUCCUCAGCUGCAAAAUCCAGAAAGUUAACAAAUCGGGAGAGGUGAAUUUCGUGGCAUGCCAGCUCUUUGCUCUGUUUGCUGCGUUCUGGUUCCGCAUCUAUUUGAGUCCUGGUAAAACCAGUCCCGAUGUCCGGCAUGCAUUUGUCACCAUUUUCGGCAUCUAUUUCGUCAUCUUUUGUUUUGGCUGGUACUCCGUACACCUUUUUGUGCUGGUGUUCAUGUGCUAUGGAAUCAUGGUCACUGCAAGCGUAUCCAGUAUUCACAGAUACUCCUUCUUUGUAGCAAUGGGAUACCUUACGAUAUGCCACGUCAGCCGAAUAUACAUCUUCCACUAUGGAAUCCUCACUACAGAUUUCUCUGGGCCUCUGAUGAUUGUCACCCAGAAGAUCACGACCUUGGCAUUCCAAAUUCAUGAUGGAUUAGGUCGAAGAGCUGAAGAUCUCUCCGCUGAACAACAUCGACUUGCUGUAAAAGUAAAACCCACUUUUUUGGAAUACUUAAGCUACCUUCUCAACUUCAUGAGUGUCAUAGCUGGCCCUUGCAACAAUUUCAAGGAUUAUAUAGCCUUCAUUGAGGGAAGACACAUACCCACGAAGUUGCUGGAAGUGAACUGGAAACAGAGAGGUUUCCACAGCCUGCCAGAGCCUUCUCCCACUAGAGCUGUGAUACACAAGUUGUGCAUGACCUUGGUGUCUCUCCUCCUGUUUUUGACGCUCACGAAGUCCUUCCCUGUCACCUGCCUGGUCGAUGACUGGUUUGUUCAUAAAGCAAACUUUCUGACUCGACUCUCCUACUUGUAUGUUGUCAUGCAAGCCUCGAAGCCCAAGUAUUACUUUGCCUGGACAUUAGCUGAUGCAGUGAAUAACGCAGCUGGCUUUGGCUUCAGCGGAGUGGAUAAGAAUGGAAAUUUCUGUUGGGAUCUGCUUUCUAACCUAAACAUCUGGAAAAUUGAGACUGCCACAAGUUUCAAAAUGUACUUAGAAAACUGGAAUAUUCAGACAGCUACUUGGCUAAAGCGAGUAUGCUAUGAACGGGUUCCAUGGUACCCUACGGUGCUAACCUUCGUCUUGUCUGCCUUGUGGCAUGGUGUCUAUCCUGGAUACUAUUUUACCUUCUUAACUGGAAUCCUCGUCACAGUAGCAGCCAGAACGGUGCGGAGCAACUACCGGCGUUACUUCCUUUCCUCCAGAGCCCUCAAGGCUGUGUACGAUGUGGUCACCUGGGUGGUCACUCAGCUGUCUGUCUCUUACACCGUCGCACCCUUUGUUAUGUUGGCAGUUGAGCCAACCAUCAGCCUCUACAAGCCUCCCUGUUCCCUGAGACACAACAGCACUGAAACUAGACCCAUUAAUAACCCAACAAUGGCCUCCAAGGGUUCAAGUGAAAGGAAUAAUUACACAUCUAUCACUGUAAAUCAAAAGCUAGAAAUGAUUAAGCUCAGUGAGGAAGGCAUGUUGAAAGCCAAGAUAGGCGGAAAGGUAGGCCUUUUGCACCAAACAGCCAACUUGUGAAUGCAAAGGACAAGUUUUUGAAGGAAAUGAAAAGUGCUAUUCUCGUGAACACAUGGAUGAUAAGAAAGCAAAAGUCUUAUUGCUGAUAUGGUGACAGUUUUAAUGGUCUGGAGAAAUCAAACCAGCCAUAACUUUCCCUUAAGCCUCAUCCAGAGCAAGGCCCUGCCUCUCUUUGAUUCCAUGAAGGCUGAGAGAGGUAAGGAGGCUGCAGAAGGAAAGUUUGAAGCUGGCAGAGGUCGGCUCAUGUGCUUUAAGGAAAGAAGCCUCCUCCAUUACAGAAAAGUGCAAAGUGAGGCAGCAAGGGCUGAUGGAGAAGCUGCAGUGAGUUCUCCAGAUCGAGCUGAGAGAAUUCAUGAAAGUGGCUGCACGAAACAACAGAUUUUCGAUGUAGAUGAAACAGCCUUCAAUUGGAAGAAGAUGCCAUCGAGGGCUUUCAUAGCUACAGAGAAGUCAGUGCCUGGCUUCAAAGCUUCAAAGCAUAGGCUGAACCUCUUGUUAGGGGCUAACACAGCUGCUAGGUUGAAGCCAAGGCUCAUUUACUAUUCUGAAAAUCCAGGGCCCUUAAGAACGAUGCUAGACCUACCCUGCCUGUGCUCUAGAAGUGAAACAACAAAGCCUGAUGACAGCACACAUUUACAACAUGGUUUUCCGACUAUUUAAGCCCACUGUUGAGACCUAUUGCCCAGGAAAGAAGAUUCCUUUCAAAACAUUACUGCUCAUUGACAAUGUACCUGGUCACCCAAGAGCUCAGGUGGAGAUGGGCAAUGAGAUGAAUGUUGUCUUCAUGCCUGUGGACAGAACAUCCAUUCUGCAGCCUAUGGAUCAAGGGGGUAGUUCAGACUUUCAAGUCUUAUUAAGUAAUACAUUUCAUAAUGUAUAGCUAUUGUGGUUAGUGGUUCUUCUGAUGGAUCUGGGCAAAGUAAAUUGUAAACUUCUGGAAUUCUGGUUCAAGAUGGUGACAUAGGGAGACCCUGAGCCCACCUCCUCCAUGGAUACACCAAAUCUACACCUAUUUAUACAGCAAUUCCUCCUGAAGAACUGAGGGGUGACCAAAUAGCUUCUGCACAGUGAAAGAUAAGACCACAUAGAGAAUAGCAAAAGAGAUGGAGACAUGAUAAUGAAGAGAAUCCCCCUUCCUCAGUGUUGCAAACUGUGGUGGGGAGGAACGGUAUUAAGGGACCUUAAGCAGAUUUAUUUGCUAUGGGGCAAGAAAAAAAAGCAAUGGUUUAAAAGACCACCUAGGAUAUAAAGGAACUGGUCCUAGACCCUGCCAAAUGACUGGGGAGCUUCUGGAACUUUCUCAGGGUUGCUGUGGCUGUUGAGUACCAUGGUCUGCAUUCUCCUUCCUUCUUGACAGCACAGAUGGGAACAGGGUUCUGGCACCAUUGCUGACCUGCCACUUCAGAAAGCCCUGGGCCCCAAGGCCCACACCAGCCCUGAAUGCCUUGCGGCACAGAAAAAAAAAAGUGGUUUAAAAGAGCAACUAGGGUAUAAGAGAUCCAGCCCUAAAACGCUUCCAAAUAGCAGAUCUGCUGGAGCUCUAUUCAGGUUGGAGGGGCUGGUGUGCACCACAGUUUGUUUACCAUACACCUGAGAGUGUAGAGGAAGGGAGGGUUCUGGGCACCAUACCUGGCCAGCCACCUCAGUGAGCCCUGGGCCCCUAGUCCAUACCAGCCCCAGAUGCUCUGGGGCACAGGGAAAAAGCCAUGGCUUGAAGAAUCGAUUAGAAUAGAAAGGAGGUAGCCUUAGAAUACUGCCAGAUGGCAGGGGAGCUGAUGGAACUCUUGAGGUCACAAGGCUUAUGAGCACCAUGGUUAACAUCCUUCUGCCACCAUGGUAGCAUGGGUAGGAGCAGGGUUCUGGGCAUGCUGGCCAGCCUACUGCCUCAGUGAUCCCCAGGCACCUAGCCCACACCAGCUCCAGGCAUCCCACUAAGGUGGCCCCAGCAUGGCAUAUGCCAGGACACCCUUGGUCCACAUUCACUACAGCUUUGGCCUUCUCACCAAGGUGGCACAGGCAAAGAGCACCCCAGAAUAAUCCAGGCCUAUCUGAGAAAAAAGAAAACCUACAACCAAGAAUACUCUACCUGGCAAGGUUAUCCUUCAGAAUUAAAGGAGAGAGAAUUUCUGAUACAAACAAAAAUUUAAAACAUUCAUCACCACUAAACUGCCCUCAAGAACUGUUAAAGGUACUUCUUUAAGUGGAAAAUAAAAGGCCAUAAUUAGAAGAAAAUUAUAAAUAAAAAGAUGUAAAGUGGGACAACAUAUACAUAAAAUGUGGAAAAGGGAAUAAAAAUGUUCUUUUAGAAUGCAUUCAAACUUAAGUUACCAUCAACUUAUUAUAGAAUGCUAUAUACUUAGGAUGUUACAUGUGAACCACAAACCCAAAACAUAAUGUACAUACCAAAAAUAAGGAAGUAAAAGUGUAACACUAUAGAAAGUCACCGAUCAUAAGGAAAGAGCAAGAGGAGAAAGAAACAGCAAAGCUACAAAAAAAAAAAAAAGACCA